GAGAGGAAUGGGCCGUGGGAGAAUCGCGGUGGCGGACUCUUCGGUGGAAGAAUGCUCCGAUCAUCACCUCUUUGGGGGAAGGACCCCCCCAAACCGUCCCCGCAAGGUUUUGCGCAGGGUGGCCUCGCAGGCGGUGACCAGGACCAGCCCGCCGCUGGGCAUCAUCUUCACCACCCUCCUGUAUUGCGGGGAGCUGGCCUCGGCUUGCGUGAUGACCGUCUCCUACAGCCGCUCCAACGACCAGUUCUGGAUGGUCCUGACUCUUCUCUUGAUGCUCCUCUCCUCCGUCAUGGUCCAGCUCACCCUCAUCUUCGUCAACCGGGACUUGACCAGCGACAAGCCCUUCAUCCUUUUCAUGCACCUGGUGCUCCUGGGACCCCUCAUCAGAUGUUUGGAGUCCAUAGUGAUGUUCUACCGCCAAGGCCGGGAGGAGGAGCCUUACGUCAGCAUUACCCGGAAGAAGCAUAUUCACAGCGACUGCGAGAUCGAGAUCGAGCAGGAAGUGGGCCAUCUGGUGCGCCGGUUGGUCACUCACCGUAAUGCUUUCAAGCGCAUGGCGGUCAUUCAGGCCUUCCUGGGCUCCACUCCACAGCUCACCCUACAGCUUUAUGUCACUGUAGUAGAGCAGUACGUGCCCCCCAGCAGAGCUGUCCUGAUGAGCAUGUGCUUACUCUCCGUCACGUACGGCGCUUUGGUCUGCAACACCCUGGCCAUCCAGAUCAAGUACGAUGACUACAAGAUCCGCCUCCACCCACUGGCCUUCAUCUGCAUCAUCUUGUGGAGGGGCUUAGAGAUCUCGACCCGCAUCACCAUCUUGGUCCUCUUUGGGACCGUCUUCAAAUAUUACGGCUUGGCCGUUGGGGCGGCCAACUUCUUGGUCUUCUUCUUCUUACCGUGGGUUGAGUUUUGGAGAAGCGGGGCCAAACUGCCCGAGAACGUGGAGAAAAACUUCAGCCGGGUGGGAACUUUGACUGUUCUGAUCUGCAUCACUGUGCUCUACGGUGGCAUCAAUGUCUUCUGUUGGUCGGCUGUCCAGCUCAGGUUGUCCAGGCGAGACUUGAUUGUCAGGUCCCAAAACUGGGGCUGCUUAGCUUUAUUCUAUGUGUUCCGUGGACUGGAGAACAGCCUGCUGCUCGUGGUUUGGUACUUCUUCAAGACGGACUUCUACGAGUACGUCUGCACUCCCAUGCUUGUGCUGCAGCUCCUUGUAGCCUACUGUCUGGCCAUUGUCUUCAUGCUUUCUUUCAUGCAGUACUUGCAUCCCUGCCGCCGCCUCUUCACCCACAACGUCACGGACUUCUUGCAUUGCGUCUGUUGCCAAAAGGAAGACGUUGGCGUCUCGGUCGAUUUGGAACCACCUCGUGAACCCGGUGUGAGGCACAGCGUAGUAUGACAAUUAACACCCUGCUGAUGAUGAACCCCACCUGAUUUCAGGUUUCAGGAGCGGUACCUGUUUACCCCACCGGGAUAAGCCUUAAUUUCAUGGUGCUAUGCUAUAAUUUAUAAGCAGGGAUGCAAGCGAUCGUAGUGGUGAUAGCUGCUGGAGCAUCGGCUGGACUUACGAUGGUGGGCUGUAGCCUUUAGUGUUGUUGGUGCAGGACUAGGGCAAUCAGCAUCAGGGACAGCAGUAGAAGACUUGUCACAUAGUAUGAAAGAGGACCUCUAGUUGAUGGGGCAAGCCAUCAGUGAAGGAUGGUCUUGCUCUUCUAGGUGCCAGAAGUUUGGCACCAGAACUGCCUUGGGCUGUGCUCAUUUCCAGAAAUGGAACUGAAGGACACCCAGCUGGCUCAGAACGAUUGUGAGAAGAAGUGCAAAAGAGUGGCCAAUGGAGACGGUCUCACAUCUGUGGGAACCUGCACAGUCGGGUAAAACUUCAGAGUGACUUCCCCAGCCGUUCCGUUUAUUUAUUUGAAAACUUGUGAAGACUUUAUUUUUUGUCAUUUGAAGUGCUGGAAAAGACGUUGCCGUUCACAGCAACUUGGUCUCAGAAUUUGUUUGGGUUCCUACAGUCCCAUUUAUGGUCAGGGGAUCCGUGCUUAGGCUGAAAGCUCAGGAUGACGAGUCUCCUAAGGAGCCCCAUGGAUGGAGGAUGAGCUUUGGAUUUCUUGCCUCCAGAUCUUCAGGGGUGCCACAGCAGUUUGGCCUUCCCAACUGUCCUGGAAGGACCACGCUAGUGACCGAUGACUACAUUAGUGGCGUUCUUCAAGGGAGAAAGGGCUGAGGUUGAAGGUGUUGAGCUUGUAAUGGGAAACUGGACCAUUCCACAUCCAAGUUCUGGUUCUAGGUGGUGAUCAGCUCAUCACAGUUUGGGCUGUCACCUGGGGAGGUAAGCAUUUCCCAAACACUUGGCUGGACCCCACGCAAAGAUAUCCUCAAAGAACCCAUUACGUUGAAGUGCUCAGGUCUACCAAUCCAAUUUAGCCAAGCUUCUUGGCCUCCCAAAACACUUUCCACUGUAUGUAGUUCAAAGAUGUUUCUGAAUACAAGCUCACCCAGUAGGUGAGCCUUCAAUCCAAAUGCUCGUGAAGAAUACGUGUUGACGGGUCGAGUUACAUACUUGAUCUCCAACCAUUUCCUUGUAGGAACUGAUUUCUCCUUGUACCUCUCCUCUAUUGAGCUAACAUAGGGUUGUCCAAACUUGGCAACGUUAAGACCUGGGGACUUCAACUCCCAAAAUUCCUCAGCAGCAUGGCCGGCUGAGGAAUUCUGGGAGCUGAAGUCCACAAGUCUUAAAAAGUUGCCAAGUUUGGGAGACCCCCAGAGCUAACCGAUAGGCCAGACUGAGUUAAAGGACCACUCUUAGGUGGGGUUUUGGUACCCUGGUGUGGAAAGUUUGAUCUGUGAUCUUCAGCAGUAAUAAUUCAGG